AUGGGCUUUAUGGUAUUUAAUCUGAGUUUCUUAAACGCUUGAUUUUAUUAACGAUUGAAUGAAAUGGAUGAUAUUGAGGAGUCAAAGACAGUUCCUGUAUUCCAGUUACAAAACAGCGGCUUGAAUGACAGAUGCAAGGAUGUUUUUGGCAGUCUAGAUGCUUUGGAACAAAAGCAUCAAGCUUUUGAGAGAUCUAGAGCAAGAGAAGAUGCAGAUUCGGACAGACACUUGAUUCAUCAAACUCCUGUUGACGACGAUGCAGACACUUCCACUGAAACAUUCAAAAGGCCAACUUUCACAGGAAGAGAUUACCAUGAGAGUAGGAAAGGAGGCAGACAUGGACACGAGAGAUCAGAACAGCAGUUCAGGAAACCUAUGCCACCACAGUCACAGUUUAGAGGCAGGAACUCUUCACGGGGGAGAUAUGGGCGCAGUCGGGGGGUACCUGAUUAUAAAGUACACCCUGAACGUUGGACAGAAUACAGUCUAGAGGAUGUUGAUACAAGUGACUCUGCCAAUAAGAAAGCCGCCUUGGACUUUCUGCAUGAAAGACGUAAAAUGAGAGAAGGCGAGAUAAAAGAAAAAGGAGUAGAUUUGGAAAGUAAUGCAUGUUCAAAGGGACUUAUCACGUUUAAACGGCCAAGCAAACAAACUGAUUCCGGUCAAAAUUCUGACAAAAAUAAACAGAAGCCUUCCAGUAGUUAUGAGAAAAUGGAAGAUGAUUCCAGUGAUCCUAUAGAUGACAAAUUAGACAGUUCUAUUGAUAUUAAAAGUGAAAGUAGUUUAAAACGUAAAUUAGAGAAGAUAGAUUUAGAAGAUGAAGCUGAUAAGACUGUUGAAGAAAAGUCAGUAGGUUUUAAAAGUCGGAAAAAGAUUAAGAGGAAUUUUAGAGCACCAAGAGACAUAGAUACAGAUGACACUAAUGAAUGAAAGAUAAACAACAGAUAGCCCAAGGUGAUAGAAAGUUCAUACAUGGUGAUACUACAAGUUUUUACACAUCUUUUAAGAUGUUAAAUAAUCAUAUACUGUGAUUCUGUGACUUUAAUGGCCAGUUCAGUACAGCAGUAUCUUAAGAUGAUAGAAAAUCAUACUCAGUGUUUUUUUACAAAACCAUUUCUAUGCUUAAUAUCUUAAAAGGACUUGUGCAUCAGUCUUAAAAAACAACAGAUUAUAACAGAAAAUGUCAAAACAAGUACUGUCUAAAUAGCAAACAGUGCAGACCAUGACCAGACUUUUAUGGGAAGAGUUAUCUUAUAGAUAGAUCUGAUGGUUCUACGCAAGUGCCAUCAAUUCUACAUUUAGGGCCUUUUCAUGUCUCUCUGCCAUCAAAGCUAGAAAACCACCAUUGUUACCAUAUGAUCUUAACAGGUCUCAACAUUAACUUUGUCGGCAAUUUCCUUUUAAAAAUUACUUACUUAGAACUUACUUGUCCUGAUCUUUAGUGAUUAAAAGAUAUAUAAACUAUAAUAGUUUUCAUUAAAUAAUGACUAAUGUUGCAAUUAUUGUCUUUAUAUUCCUUCCAACUAGCUCUCCUGGUAUUCAAAUUUUUGGUAUUAAUAAAAACAGAUUGCUCUUUCUGUAUGUAAGUAAUACACAGUGAAGUUCAACAUAUUCAAGAAAAAACAAUUUUUUCAUGGGACAUAAACAUUAAGUGUGCCAAGGUAUGAUGCAUUAACAUGCUGUGUAGUUCAACUGCUUAUCAUCAAAUAGAAAUCACAUUUGUCAUUGUGGCUUUAUGUUGCAUACUUCAUAGGAAAGUUUGUGUAUAAAGAGAAAAUAUGCAUAAGGUAGAGUUAUUUCUUUUGAGUAAAAUCAUAUUUAAAAGCCUUGUUAACACAAAGAAUUCUUUGUUAUGUGGUUUUUGUUUAUGAAAGAUAUCUAUGUGAUAAAAUAAAAGGCUUUAUAUUGA